AUGAUGCGACUGAGCGUCUUACCGGUUGCAGAAACCGGCUCGAUUCGAGGCGCAGCGGAUCGCCUGAAUAUCGAACCCUCGGUGGUCAGCCGGCAAAUCCACCAGUUAGAGAGCGAGUUGGGGGUGCAACUCCUACAGCGCCACGGCAGGGGCAUCGUCCCCACGGAAGCUGCCAAACUGGUGAUCAACCACUGUCGUGAGCGGCGUUCAAGCGAAGCAUUGCUGCUGACUCAGAUUUCUGAACUCAAGGGGCUGGAAAGAGGCGAGAUUCACAUUGUCGCGGGUGAAGGUUUCCGCGAGGAAUUAGUCCGCUGGGUGCUUCGAGACUUCUGCCAGCAACACCCCAAGCUGGUCGUUACUUUGGAGUUUGCCAAUGCCGUCGACACAGUACGGAUGCUGGCAAGUGACCAGGCUCAUAUCGGUCUGGCAUACCGUCCGCCAAUUGAUCCCGCUGUGCGUACGGUCAUGGUGCGCAAACAGCCAAUGUGCGUCAUCACCUGGCCCGGCCAUCCCCUUACCGAGAAGAAGCAGCCGCUGGCAUUGGGUGAUGUUUGCCCCUACCCGGUGGGCUUAAUGUCCAACGGCUUUGGCUUAAGCAACUUGGUUAAGCUGGCGCAAUACCACGAUCGCAUUCAAUUCGAGUCCAAUCUGGUCACCAACUCAAUCGCCACCCUCAAGAGCUAUGUAAAAGCCCACCUAGGAGUGACCUUUCUGUCCUCGCAUGCGGUGGCCAAUGAGAUCGCGGAAGGUACGCUUGUAGCGCUUAGGACCCGCAGCGAAGUAUUCGAAAGUGCUGAGGCGCACCUGAUGGUCCGAGCGGGGCGGCAACUGUCAGUUGCGGCUGAAAGCUUGUUGGCCAUGUUGAAACAGAAGGCCGUUUUUGAUGGCUCA